GUAAUAGCCCAGCUUUCGCCCUACACAUUUGCGGCUUCCGUGGACACAUUAGCAACCAACGCUUUUAGAUCCCAGUCGCCUAGCUUUGCCAAGGCGGUCAGAGGUCACUUGGAGAGUGUUUUGCCUCGAAUGGUUCUCAUUCAGAAGGCCAUCUCAUUCCUUCUGUGGUGCUUUGGAAAUUCGCGCCCUCCUCUGGUCCCGGUUCAGGUGCACAGAAACGUCUGGGGGAGGACGCAGGUGCUCAAGAGAGGUGGGGCGGUGAAGGCGCCCGAGUGGUGAACCCAAAGAUCGAACCUGCAGACCCAGCGCAAAGUAGAAACUGAAAGUACAUUGCCGGCUGAUCCUACGGAAGUUAUGGGAAAGGCAAAGCGCAGAGCCUGGCCGUGGUGUGUGCCGCCCCCCUUGGGAUGGAUGAAGCAGCAGGCGCGGCGUGGGUGAAAGGAACCAGCCGCAGAGACCGCCCUACCCCGCACGCGCUCCCAGCAACUCCGCGGAAGACCAGGGGCCUGGCAGCGACUAUGGGCGGUGAGAGCUUGCUCCUGCUGCAGUUGCGGUCAUCAUGACCACGCCCGCCUCCCGCAGACCAUGUUCCAUGUUUCUUUUAGGUAUAUCUUUGGAAUUCCUCCCCUGAUCCUUGUUCUGUUGCCAGUAGCAUCAUCUGAUUGUGAUAUUGAAGGUAAAGACGGAAGAGAAUAUCAGCACAUUCUAAUGAUCAGCAUCAAUUACUUGGACACCAUGAUAAAAAAUCGUACCAAUUGCCCGAAUAAUGAACCUAACGUUUUUAAAAAACAUGCAUGUGAUGAUAAUAAGGAAGCUGUGUUUUUAUAUCGUGCUGCUCACAAGUUGAAGCACUUUGUCAAAGUGAAUAACAGUGAGGAAUUCAAUCUCCACUUAUCAAGAGUUUCACAGGGCAUGUUACAGUUGUUGAACUGUACCCCCAAGGAAGACAGCAAAUCUUUAAAGGAACAGAGAAAACAGAAGAGCUUGUGUUUCCUAGGGAUACUACUACAAAAGAUAAAAACUUGUUGGAAUAAAAUUUUGAGGGGCUCUAAAGAACAUUGAAAAAUAUGGAGUGGCAAUAUAAAGACAUAUGACUUUAGUUGUAUCUUCCAAGAAUCUAUUUGCUCAUACAGUUUUUGGGGGUAGAAUACCCUAGAAGUGACAGAAUGCCUCCUGGUAAAAGUGGAUUACAGCAGCUGAGAAAUUCAUACAAUAGAACUAGAACUAGAUGGACGCAGACAGUGGAAACCAAAUGCUGCAAUCAACAAACUAUUUUACAUGUUUUUGGACAUAAUCAAUCAGUAUUAAUUCUGUGAUUUUUGUAAGAUAAUCCAUGUAAACUAUUAGUUGCAAUAAUACUUUUUAAACCUGUUUUACACUUUCAGAAGAAGAGAUAAAAUCUGUGAAGUAUAUAAAGGUUGCAAGGAUUAAAAAAAUAACAUUGCUUUAUUAUCAAAUUAAUUUUAUGCAUCAGCAUACUACAAUGAGAGUGGAAAUUGGUGUCUCUGUGCUGAAAAUGUUUCAGAAUUAACAGUGAGAUGUGGGUAACGUCCAUGAGAGGAGGAGUCAUAUACCUUAAAGCAGCAACAGUAUGAAGGAGUACAAGAGAUUUAAGAGAGAGAUUAAGACAUGUAAUCAUACAUGAAUGUAUAACACAGUGCCUUCACUAGAUGGUAUAGCAAAUGUUUUAAGAUGACCAUAAAGAAUAGUUUCACAAAAUAGAAACUCACCUGUUCUAAGGAUGCUAAACCAUAAUACUGAGUUAUUUUGGUCAUUUAUAUGUAAUAAAAUUUGUCUAAAUGAGUUUGCAAUUUGGGAAGUAUAUUUUUAACAGAAUAAUAUAUGUUGACCUUUUAAUUAAUGAAAUGUGUAUAUUUAAUUUUGACACUGUAUCUGUAUUAUAUACAAAUAUUUUCAUACAGUAUUACAAACGUUGCUUAGUUUGGAUAACAUUCCUCCUUUGAUAAUAAAUGGCCUAUGUAAAACACUGUCAGAUUCACUUAAUGCCUUUUAAAACAAGAUUUUAAUACUGUACCACUAUUUGAUCUCUCACUGUCAUUGAAUAUGUGACUUUUAAUACCUUAUUACUCAGAAUGUGCAUGAAACCAGGACCCAAAACUAUAUAAGAACAGGAACUUUGCUUUCUAUGUUAAAUUUUAGUCUUUUAAAAGAAGCUUUUGUAUAUACCACAUCCAGUUUAGAAAAGUCUGCCAAUAGUCUUUGCUUACUUAUAAAGGGAAAUGAAAAACCUAUUCUAGCCAGGCCAGAGUCCUUCAACAGCCACCACUUUGCUUAACUCACAGCCUUACUGCUCUUUUAUGCUUUCAUUACCACCUGGUAAAGUGCUGACCGGCUUUGAGCUUCAGAUGAGGCUCUGGUGCCAGUGUGUGGUGGUAAGACUUUCCUCUCAGUUCAGGUUUGUGUCCCUGCCUCUCUUUCUCCCUCUCCCUAAAUCCUAUGGCGUUUCACCCUCACUGGUGCAGGUAGCUGUGUAGAAUUGUACAGACAGUUGUACAGAAUUCACUGACUGCUCCAUUAAUAGGGCUUUGAAUCAAGUAUGUUUUUUGUUUGGUUUUCAUUAUUAACUCUAGAAAAGGGAGCUCACACUUUCAGGAGCAAAUGAUUCUUCACCAAGCUCUUUCUUCAGAUGGACUUUUCCAAGUAAGCUAUGCUUCCUUCCACCAUAAAACAUGGUCAACUGUGUGGUACACCUUCACUCUGAUGAACUGGUAUUGUCGGUAAACCAUCAGCUGUAGAAAUGAGGGAAUUUUAAGUUUCUAAGGCAAGCUCUUCAAACUGUCCUUGAAAGUGUUCCUUGAAGCCUGUCUCAAACAUCCCUAACAAGUGUUGAAAAUGAUUCUGAGAUUAUGGCAAAAAUAAAGAACAAUAUUUUUAAAUGCUUGCAA